UCCGUCUCGCGCACCGUACGACCAUGUGUCUCGGAGUUGCUAAUGUGAGCUGGAGGAGCGGAAAGUUUACAGAGCUGUAUGGAGAAACUCCAGUGAUCUGAAGAGAUGAAUGAAACUCUAAAGAAGAGGUUGGAGUUCCCCAGCUCGCUCAUUCAAGCACAGGCUGUGAGGAGUCUGGUUACGGCAGUGCUGAAGGAGAAGGGCCACAAUGAGAAGAUAUCAGAGUCCACUACUCAGGGCGCUGCUCUGGAGGCUCUGUGGGAGCAGUGCAGCAGUGAGAGCGGGGUGGUGCGCUCAGCAUGCUGUGAUGCGCUGGUGCUGCUGGUAGAACAGGGGCAUGCUGACCUGCAGUAUGUUCUCAACAGCAUCCUCAACCUACUGCCUUCUGCCAGGAGUGUACAGGGGCUGAUUAAGGUAGUUGGGAGGCUAUUGCAGAUCCAAGCAAGUCAAAGAGACAAAACAACACCCUUUACAUGUCCGUACUCCAUCAGGAGCAGCCCUCACCCGUACAUCACGGUUCUGGAGAAUCGUCCUGAUUGCUGGCCCGCUCUGCUGCAGGAGAUUGAUGACUUCAUCCAACUCGCUGCUGACAAAGAUGAGCCGUUACAUAUUUCCAUGCUGGCUCCGUUCCUGCGUUACCUUUACUGUGAGCCUCAGAGACUGGCGGAGAACGCCCUGCUCAGACACAGCCUGCUCAGAGUCCUGCUGCAGCCCAGAGAGGGUCAGGACUCCUCCUGCACUCGGGUCACCCACGAGAUCCUGCGCUGCCUCGUCCAGCUCUUCCCUCAUGUACUGGUGGACAGUGUUACGGCUGUGGUGGAGCUGAGCUCGUUGGCUGAAUCUCUGAUUACUGCGCUGCUCGGGGAGCCGGAGUGCUGGAGGGCUGAGUUAGCUCAGCUGGCGCUGCAGCUGGUGUGUGCCUGUCAGCUCAGCCUGCAGCUGGGAGGAGAGCUCAGGUCCCUCCUGCACACCCUGCACCAGAUCCUGCCCGUCUGCAGAGAGGAUCUCCCGUCUGAGCAAGUGAUCAUGGGGAUCUCCCUGCUCCUCCUCAGAGCGUCGGCCUCGCAGCAGAGCGCCCUCCUGGAGCUCGCUGUGAAGAUUGUCCCACCUGAGGUAAGGCCUCCCUGGGGUGCCUCGUUGUUAGUGAUGCCCCUGCUGCAGGUUCUUUCCUGCUCCAACCUAAUGGAGGCGCUCUCAGACCCACAAACACAGAACAAGAACCGAGAAUUAGCUAAUUCUCUGCUGGAGACUGUCCAGAAGGAACCGUGUUGUCCAGUACAGAGCAGCACACAGCUGACUCUUCCUCUCAGUACAUGGUACAGUGAGCUACGGGUGGCCACCAGCGUUCUAAACCAGAUCUCUGAAGAACCCAUAGCCUCUGUGGAGUGGCUCUACUCUGUUCAGUCCACUCUUCCUCUGUGUGAUAACGUCCCAGACGCUCUACCGCUCCUUAUCACUCACCUGAUCAUCAGCAGUGAGGGGGACCUCUGCAGGCUGGCACUGGACACCGCAGCUGCCAUAGCUGAGGCAGAUCCUGCACAGGUCCCCUGUCUUCUCCCGGUUGUGAUGCUGAAGCUGGGCCAGGUGUCUGACCCUGCUUUGUCUCAUGCUCUGCUCUCCACCUUACCAAAACUGGGCACACACAAGUUUUGUAUACCGCAGGUUCUGCAUGUACUGCAGGCUCUGGCCAGCUCCCCCAAACUGAGGGCUGUGGCUCUGCGUCUUCUGACCUCCCUGUGGCAGAAACAGGACCGUGUGUAUCCAGACCUGCAGAAGCUGAUGGCGGUGUUGGAGAAGUCCUCAGUGGUGGUGGGAAAGGAAGCUCAGUGGGAGCAGAUUCUGGCCAGAGCUGCCUCUGUACGGGACAUCUGCAGAGAGAGGCCUUACCAGCACGGAGGAGACAUGCUGGCAGCCAUUACAGACAUGCUGACUCAGUGCUCGAGGAAGGAUCAUGCCACUCCAGCAGCGCUGGCCCUGCAGGGUCUUCAGGAGCUCUGCAGAGCUGAGGUGGUUGAUAUAGACUCCACAUGGCGGGCUCUCUCUCCCAAACUGAGCUGUGAAACGAGACCUCUGGUGUUAAAGGCCACCGCUGAGCUCCUUUCACUCGUGCCUUCACUGCACGUCAAAACAGAACAGUAUGAGAGUUUUAAAAGUGAAGUGGUCAGUAUUCUGUGGAGUCACGCUCUGAGUCAGGAUGCUGAUGUGGCUAGCAGUGGUUACAGAGCAUUGUCUGAAUUCCCAGAAUCCUCUCACUCGGUCAUGCAUCUGCCUGAGCAAGCCAGACCAGAGAUGAAGCAGCCUGAAGACGAGGAUGACGAGGAGAAAGAGAAUAAGAAGGAGGAAGAUCUAACUGUUCCGGGGACUUCAUACAUAAAACUCGUUGCUCUUACUCCGCGGCCAGUUUCAGCAGCACUUGAGACCUUCCUGACAGCUCUUGUAAGACAAGAGAUGAGUCAGAUGCCCCGUGGAGUGUACCACUCAGCCCUGAGAGGGGCGAACCUGCGCUCAGACCAGGGGAAAACUGUUGCUGGAAUCCCUGCAUUCAUGCUGAAAUCUUAUGAAAAGAACAAGCAGCCAGGUCUGAAACCUGGACUAGCAGCUGGUCUGCUGUUAUGUUAUGACCUCCCUGUCCAGACUGACCGAGACGGACGGCUGAUUAGCCGCUUCAUGGUCAGCAGAGGGCGGAGCUUCCAGCAGACCUUAACCAGCCUCAUCCAUGAGGUGAACAUCCAGCCUUCAGAGUGGCAUCGCUCCCUCCUUCUUCCUCAGGCCUGGCGCGGCUUCAUGAGCAGAACAUUCCAUGCUGUGCUGCAGGGUCGGAAGGCAGAGCUGGAGAUGUUGCAGAAGCAGGGAAAAGAGAGUCCAGAGGAGCUUCAGUAUAAACAGCACUGUGCCUGGCUCUGGGUCAGAGACCAGCUGACUGAUGUGGUGAAGUCUGCAGCCAAGGACAGUCCGGUGGUGCAGGGGAACUGUAUUCUGGCUCUGAGUGGUCUGGCUGUGGUCCUGAGCCGAUAUGAAAGUAGCCUGCCUGCACAGAGUGAUGGAGCAGUUGAGGUGGGGCCAGAGAUCUUACCCACUACCCAUUGGCUGUCCAUGGUGAUUGACACUCUCCUAAGCAUUGUGAGCAGCAGCAGUCGACCCAAAGGGCAAGUCUUCCCCUGGUUUGUCCAUCGUUCCUAUUCAGGUGAAAACACAGCCAGUGGGAUUGCUCGCUCCUGUGCUGCACUGGGUUUGGCGUUGCUGGUUCCAGUCCUGGUCACGUCCCACAGAGACGCAGUGCCCACAAUACUGUCCACUCUGAGCUCAGGCCUGCCUGGAGCGCCCACUGCUGACGAGACUCAGGCGCUGCAGUUCCACAGCGGCCUGGCCUUGGGCAUGCUGCUGGCCUGGCUGAACGAGGAGAGGGUCAGUGACAUCGCUGGGCAGUCCAUGUGGGAGCUGCUGCUGAACACUUUGGAGCCUCUGGAGGCGUGCUGCUUCAACACCCAGCUGGAGUACAAUGCUGGGUGUGUGUUGGCUGUAGGGCUGGUGCUGAGCUCUCUCUGCAGCAGUAGUGAGGUUGAGCAGCGAGCUCGUGUGGCUCUCUCUCUGGACAGGCUGCUCCAGAGUCUGCAGGACAGCAGCAGCUGUGGGCUGGGGCGCAUGCAGCAGGAGGUUCUGGCGUACUCUGUGGCGUGUGUAGGAGUAUCUGCGUUUAGUUCUGGAGUUGUUGAUGCCAGUAAAGCCGAGGAGGUGAUGAACGUCUUGCGCUCCGUGACUGAGGAGAGCCAACAGACUCCAGGCUUUGCCCUGGCUCUGGGUCUCACUGUGCACGGACUGUCCUCCUGUGGUCACGGUAAAGCUGAAGACAUCCACCCUCGCCUGCUGGCUGCAUGGACCAAGAUCUUACUGGCAGAGGGCUGUCCCACCAUGCAGAGACUGGCGGCUCUGAACGGACUAAUCGCUCUGGUGGGAUCUGAAACUGGUCUCCUUCAGCUGAAGAGUGAGACAGAGCAGUCCUCCCAGCAGCAGGCCAGACUGAACGAGGUUAUAAGAUCCAUUACACAGAUUAUCUCUUUCUCAGGAGCAAUAGGUCUUCAGUCUAACGGAGCGUGUCUGGUGGGCCACCUGCAUUUAGCCCACAUGUCCAGCAGCCACAGCAGAACUGCAGUGCCUCAAGACUUCAGCUAUCUCCCAGAAAGGAGCCUCAUCAGAGCUUCAGUUGAGUACAUCACUGAAGCAGGAAGGAAAGGGCCGGAGUUCUUUCCUCCUGAUGGAAUAAAGGUGGUUUUGGCUCCACUGGCCACAGUGGGAGAUAAUUUCCAGUAUCCACCCGUCAACUGGAACGCCAUUCUCUCACCCAUGAUGAGACUCAACUUUGGUGAGGAGGUGCAGCAUCACUGUCUGGAGUUGGCAGCCAAUCAGGCACAGUCUUCCCCCAGUGCUGCACUGUUCCUGGGCGUGUGGCUCGCUCCACCUCUCGUCCACAGCCUGAGUCUUCGUACGAGAGCACUUCUGUACGAGUGUCUGUGUAGCUGGAUGAAGCACGUGGCGGAGGAUAAGCUGCAGGUGUAUGUGGAGAGUCUGGCCGUACAGCAGUUUAAUCCAGACACCCGCGCUCAGCGUCAUCCCCUCUGCCUCGCCAUCCUGCAGGGCCUGGCUAAGGCCAUGUCCCUCCCCAACCCCGCCCAGAACUGCUGGAGUUCCCUGUGCACCACCACAGAGAGGAUCUACAACCUUUUACCAGAUCAUAUACAGCCCAGUGAAGUGGAGCUCUAUGAAGGAAUCUGUUCCUGCUUGUCAGAAAUGAGCGACACAGAGAUUGACAGGAUUGUCAAAGUCACUGAGGCCAAUGUGGAGAAGACCACCUUCAUUCUGUCUUACCUCAGUUCCAAGGGCAGGAUCCCACUCCUGGGUCUCAAUGAUAUCAUCAGCACCGUCCUGCAGAAGGGCAAGACUGAGCGAAUCAGUUGGCUUUUCCUUCAGUGCCUCUACCAAUCACGUUUGGCCUCCAGUCCUAACACAGGUGUGUCUAAAAGAAUGGAGUGGCUGCUGGAGUUAAUGGGGCAUAUCAGGAAAGUGACGUAUGGAGCAUCAGUGAAAUGUAACAGAGUAAGAGAGGGAACUGAUUUCCUGCUGGAAGUGUUUGCUGCUGCUGUGGUGUCCUGGGCCAAUCACUCCACGCCCGUCAUCGUUGGCGUCCGAGCUCAGUGGUUUCCAUGGAGACAGUUUUCAGCGGAGUACCCAGACGUGCCCCGUGGCCUGUAUGUGAACAGCGUUAGCACUGAUGAGUCGGUUAAACAGUGUGUGCUGGCCGUUCCUUACGCUCUGAAGCUUCUGCUGGAUAAAGAGCCGUGGAAGUCUCAGUCCCAGAAGUUCAUUGAUUGGCUCUUCAGCAUAACGGAAGCUCCUGAGGAAGCUUUAUCACCCACAGCGAUCUCUACAGCCAGAGCGGCUUUACUGGCUCUGAAAUCCAACCCAGAGUUCAAGAAGAAGACCGUCUGGACCAGAGCAUACGGCUGGUGAUGCACUCAGUCGUUGCUCGCAUUGCUUUGCUUAAUAAAACCUUUAUUUUUGUUACAA